AUGCAUGACUUACGAAAACAAGCUCUUCUAGAGAGCAAGAAGACUACCUCUCGUAAGGCGCGUUCGAGGCAGCCAACACCAGCCUCCUCCAAACGGACCACACCCGUCUCAUCACGCGCGGCGAGUAAGGUUAGAGGAGGUAGCAGUCGCGGCGAUUCAGACGAGGAGAAUGAUGCAGAGUUAAGCGAUGAGACAUCUUUUAGUGUCGGUUCGAUCGACGAGCUCUUGAACGGCGAUGCCUCAGAGCCAAUGUCGGAGGGUGCUCUUGCGGAUCGAAUCGAAGAGAUCUUCUCGAGAAAGGGCAGCACCAUUCCUGGACGCGAGAAGUGUUACAAAACAUAUAUCCACUACCUGGUGACACGGUAUUCUGGCGAUGGGAUUGAUGGCAAGGAGGAAGAGCUUGUAGCAGCCUUCUUGAAGAGUAUUAGAGAGGAAGAUAGCGAGAAAGAGACGAUGCUUGCUGCCAAAGCUAUUGCUAUUACUUUGACAACAUCGCCCUCCGAGGACACUUUUGAGAUAGCUUCCAACAUACUGAAACGAGCUAUCACGGAUUCUGAUUCUGUGACCGUCAUGACGGCCACAAUUCACGCCCUUGCUAUUUGCACUUUCUAUGGAGGCGCAUCUGACGAGGCAACUUUGGAGAUCAUGGAUUUCCUUCUGGAAAUUGUGACCAGUGACGGGAACAGCAUCUCCGCUCCUGACGAGUCAGAUCCUGUAGUCGCAGCUCUCGAGGAAUGGGGUUUUCUGUGCACCCUAGUAGACGACAUGUCUUCCCAAAGCGAAGAGUCAAUCGAAGCUUUCAUCGAGCAACUCAACAGCGCCUACGCUUCCGUCCAGAUUGCUGCGGGUGAGAAUAUCGCUCUGCUUUACGAAAAAUCCUUCAAGCCUCUCGACGCUGGGGAGGACUCAGAGGAUUACCGCGAUGAGGACAUCGUCUCUGACCCUCUAGAAACCCCUGGUAUCCGGCCUCUUAUACGCCUCUACCCAGCAUACCGCCGCACCGACCAGCUCCUGCAUGCUCUAACGACCCGCACCCGCACGAGCGUCAGCGUCCACUCCGUCAGCAAAGCCGACCGCAAAGCACUCAAAACUAGCCUAUCAGACGUAGCACAGUCCAUCGAAUACCCGCACUUUGGUCCCAGAUAUUCCACUGCGAUCGACGACAACACUGAGAUGUACUACGGCAGCAGAAUGAAAGUCAAGAUCCACGAUCAAGGUGUUAUGACGAUCGACAAGUGGUGGAAACUAUUUCGACUGGAGGCGCUCAAGAGGGUGCUCCAGGGAGGUUUCGUCACGCAUUAUGAGGACAAUCCGACGAUUUUUGAGACUUUACCAAUUUUGGUGAGUGCACCUGAUGCAUAUAAAAAAAGGAUGCAGAGACCGAGGAAGGUUUCAAGGGCAAUGAGUGGAUAG